AUGAUGAAUGAAAUUCAAGGAGCAAGAAAUCGACUCCAACAAUAUGAUUCACAUAACAAAAUGAUUAUUAUAAUUGAAACGAAUUAUGGAGAUAUCUAUAGUGUAUUUGGAAAGGAAGAUCUUAUUAAUGUAGUGGCAAUUGAAACAUUCUUUAGAGUUAAAAAUACAAAUGAAAUGAUUAAUAUAUUCCAUAUGAUAAAAGAGAUAAUGAUACAAAUUGUUCGAUUGAUGGCUCUUUACUAA